UGGAACCGUGUGAAUGCUGACUUUCUGUCUCUGCGAACAGUUUAAAUUUCCACGGAUUUUUAGGCAGCAUUUCUCCCUGUAUGUUCUUUACGUGUGUUCCAAAAGCGACGUGUGUUGUAUUAAGGCAGGGUCCUGUCUGCUUUAAAUGUUCACGUUUGCAUUUGCCUCCGCUUUCACAUUCUAUCACAACAGUCUGGGCGUCCCAGUACUGAUCUGAAGAACACAAGCCCUUGCUAAAGGUUGCUAAUGUUUGGUUGCGGCUCGGUUAGCAGCCUGGCUUAGCGCUGACAGGGAUAUCAUCGUUAUGAGCCCACGGACGUUCCCGAAACAGAAUACAGCGCAAGCCCACAAAUUCUGUGCCGCACUGAUUACAUUAGUAAUUAAAUACCCGACUAAACGAAUCACUUCUGCCUACACCAUUUCCUGCAUGUGUAUUGAGCUCCUUGAACUCCGGUGCCUCUUCCACCGUCCCUGGGAGGCCGUUCCGGGCUCCAAACACAAAAUGCUGGAGGAACUCAGCAGGUCAGGCAGCGUCUGUGGACAGGAAAAAACAGUCAACGUUCCGGGCCGGGAUGCGUCAUCAGGGCUGGAAAGGAAAGGGGACAGAAGCCUGAAUAAGAAACUUAAGAGCUUCUGCAGAUGCUGGAAAUCCAGAGGCGCACACACAAAAUGCUGGAGGAACUCAGCGGGCCAGGGAGCAUCUGAGGGGGUGGGGGAAUGAACCGUCAAUGUUGCUGGCUGAGACCCUUCAUCAGAAGCCAGAGUAAGAAGAACACCACAAGUCUCCCACAACCCUGUACCUUGGGCAGGUGUAUGGAUAACGUGACACAAGUCCAGAAGUUCCAUUCUGUUCCCAAUCAUUCCGAUGGUCCAUCACCAGCGAGUGGAUUAAUUCCAGGAAUGACGGCAGCCGCGAUCUUCAUUGUCUUCCUGCUGGGAUUGUACACGAUUCUGUGGAAAUGCAUGAGCUUCCAGACUAAGAGGCACCGAGGGAGCGGGCGGUCGAAGCUGAGAGCUGCGCACGUCUCCUGCUGACACCGGGUUUGACGCCUUCCGCCAGCUGCUGCGUGGGCCCCGUAGAUCUGACAGACCUUCCGUGUGAGCGGCUGACUGGCCCACCGCUGAGCCGUUGUGAAUGGAGCCUGUGCGACAGUCGCGGCGGGGUGGGGGGGGUGUAAAUGUCAGUGCGGGCACUGCAUCUGCAUCCAAGGCCUCCAGCCUGCGGAGACUGGAUUGAGUCCUGCCGCUGUUCCACCUUUCCGCGACGCGAGCCGAGUGAUGUGGGCGACCCUUCCUAUCUGAAUAUAAAUGGGACCCUGUAACUGGGUUGACUGGACAGCAAGCAACUUAAAUUGCCUCUAACCCAACUCUCUGUAGUAUUAAGCAGAAAUAUUAAAAUCAGCUGGUUACUGUAAGGGUUAAAGCUGGCUGCUAACUGCAAGGUGUUUGGUAACCCUUGCCUGGGAUUCGCCUUUAAAUCAGGUCCCAGUUCGGCACGCUGACAUUGUGAUGUUUAUCCCCGGCGCCUGGAAGCCUUGUGUUAUGGAAGAACUGUUCAUUGUAUUCCCCAAGUGGAAGGGGAAAUAACGGCUGGCCCUUCUCCCUAUCUCAGUGAGAGUCCUCUUCAGGGGCGCUCCAUGGGUACACAACUGCGGCUUGUUCGCUCGCGCCUUCCGAACAAACCGUAAUCCAGGAGCUCCUGGGUGAGGGCGUACGAGCGGACGGUCGUCCACGUCUGGAAAGAACCAUCAACCGAAGCAGGUGGCCUGCCGAGUGUGGAACAGCCAACCGGUGACCUCCGUGAGGAGCCGCUGCCGAAAGGGGAUGGAAUGGCUCCGCAUGCCAGCAUGGGCUGGAAUUACCUCCUCCCGAUGGGGAAGCAUCCUCAUUCCCAACGAUUCAGUCCGAUUAAAACAUUACAGCGCAGUACAGGCCCUUCGGCCCACAAUAUUGUGCUGACCUUUUCAACUACCCUAAGAUCAAUCAAACCCUUCCCUCCACUUUUCUUUCUUCCUUGUGUCAAUCUAAGAGCUUGUUAGAUGUUCCAAGUAUAUCGCCUGUCCCACCACCCCUGGCAGCGCAUUCCAAGCACCCACCACUCUGUGUUAACAAAAAACAAUUUACUCCUGACACCCUCCCUAUAUGUUCCUCCAUUUGCCUUGUAAUUAUGUUCCCUGAUAUUGGCCAUUUCUGCAUUGCGAAAAAGUCUCUGGCAACCCACUCUCUCUAUGCCUCAUCAUCUUUUACACCUCUGUCAUCUCCUCUCAUUCUCCUCCUUCAAUUGAUCGUAGCUGACCCAUUACUGAGAACAGGUAAGAUCCAGUGGGUCGUUGGCUCCCAGCCGGGGGUAAGUGUUGAAUAGUAACUCUCGGACCUUGUCACCCUGGAAGACGAGGAACCAGGAGCUGCAGUGAUCUGGAAUGUUUUGGUGUCCACCUCUGGAGCAAGUCAACAAGUAGAAACAUAGAAAACCUACAGCACAAUACAGGCCCUUCGGCCCACAAAGCUGUGCCGAACAUGUCCUUACCCUAGAACUACCUAGGCUUACCCAUAGCCCUCUAUUUUUCUAAGCUCCAUGUACCUAUCCAGGAGUCUCUUAAAAGACCCUGUCGUUUCCGCCUCCACCACUGCCACCAGCAGCCCAUUCCAUUCACUCACGACUCUAUGCGUAAAAAAAACUUACCCCUGACGUCUCCUCUGUACCUACUUCCCUCUCGUGCUAGCCAUUUCAGCCCUGGGAAAAAGCCCCUGACUAUCCACACAAUCAAUGCCUCUCAUUAUCUUGUACACCUUUAUCAGGUCACUUCUCAUCUUCUGUCACUCCAAGGAGAAAAGGCCGAGUUCACUUAACCUGUUCUCAUAAGGCAUGCCUGCAAGUGGGGUCUGACGAGGGUCCUAUAUAGCUGCAACAUUACCUCUCGGCUCCUAAAUUCAAUUCCACGAUUGAUGAAGGACAAUGCACGUACGCCUUCUUAACCACAGAGUCAACCUGCAUAGCAACUUUGAGUGUCCCAUGGACACGGACCCCAAGAUCCCUCUGAUCCUCCACACUGCCAACAGUCUUACCAUUAAUGCUAUAUUCUGCCAUCAUAUUUGACCAAGCAAAAUGAACCACCUCAAACUUAUCUGGGUUGAACUCCAUCUGCCACUUCUCAGCCCAGUUUUGCAUCCUAUCAAUGUCCCACUGUAACUUUGACGGCCCUCCACACUAUCCACAACACCCCAACCUUUGUGUCAUCAGCAAACUUACUAACCCAUUCCUCCACUUCCUCAUCCAUGUCAUUUAUAAAAAUCGUGAAGAGUAGGGGCCCCAGAACAGAUCCCUGAGGCACACCACUGGUCACCGAAUAUGACCCGUCUACAACCACUCUUUGCCUCCUGUGGGCAAGCCAGUUCUGGAUCCACAAAGCAAUGUCCCCUUGGAUCCCAUGCCUCCUUACUUUCUCAAUAAGCCUUGCAUGGGCUACCUUAUCAAAUUCCUUGCUGAAAUCCAUAUACACUACAUCUACAGCUCUACCUUGAUCAAUGUGUUUAGUCACAUCCUCAAAAAAUUCAAUCGGGCUCGUAAGGCACGACCUGCAUUUGACAAAGCCAUGCUGACUAUUCCUAAUCAUAUUGUGCCUCCCCAAGUAGAGAAAUGAUGUCAAAGACUUUAUGAAGGAGCUGGAGUGGGGCAGCAUGAUAUUCCUUAACGGAAAUGAGGCUUUCAUUGGGAAGAUAAUGCUGUCCAUGAAAGAUUCCAACAUGGUUUUCACAGGAAUGGGGUUAGGGGGAUGUUUGCUGUUGAGCCUGGCUUAUGUCCUUUGACUCUUGGAAUCUGUGGUGUGGGUAGUGAAAGGUUUGGUAGGACAGUACACCAAGGAACAGGCCCUUCGGCUCACAAUGUUGGUGCCAAACCAAUUAAAUAAGUAAUGAAAAUGAUUAGACAUAGAAACAUAGAAAAUAGGUGCAGGAGUAGGCCAUUCGGCCCUUCGAGCCUGCACUGCCAUUUAUUAUGAUCAUGGCUGAUCAUCCAACUCAGAACCCAGCCUUCCCUCCAUACCCCCUGACCCCUGUAGCCACAAGGGCCAUAUCUAACUUCCUUUUAAACAUAGCUAAUGAACUGGCCUCAACAGUUUGCUGUGGCAGAGAAUUCCACAGAUUCACCACUCUCUGUGUGAAGAAGUUUUUCCUAACCUCGGUCCUAAAAGGCUUCCCCUCUAUCCUCAAACUGUGACCCCUCGUUCUAGACCUCCCCAACAUCGGGAACAAUC